AUGAAUUGUUUCAUCAAAGACACCUUAAAGGAGGACUUGUGGAACACUUACACUGUUAAAGAGGAACGAAUGUGGGAGGGUAAUCGUGUACCAGAUAAAUUUUACAAAGUUGAAUUUGAUCCCAUCACACAGACAACCACUUGCUCUUGCCAACUCUUUGAGUUUAGAGGAAUUAUAUGUCGCCAUUCCCUCUUGGUAUUUGGUCAAGAAGAUGUUUACAGUGUUCCCUCACAAUACAUUUUGAGGCGCUGGAGCAAAAACAUUCGAAGAAGACACACACUAAUAACAGCAUCCUAUAAUAAUUCCACAAAUGAACCACGCAUGCAAAGAUACAAACUGUUGUGCAAACGUUUUUAUGAAAUUGCUGAAGUUGCAUGUGAGUCUGAGGAAGCUAGUACUGAAUUGGAAAAAGAACUUCAUUCUUUGGGUACAAAAUUUGGGUUCAGUUCUUCCAUGACAAAUAACAUCAUCAGUGAUGCAGGCCAACUAAGAUACGAUACUGGUGCAUCCACGUCAAAACCACUUAGUGCAGUUGGAACAUCUUAUAUCCUUGUACACAGUCCUGCAACUGUUAAGCGAAAAGGACGUCCACGCACAAAUAGGUUGAAGUCCACUGUUGAGAAAAAAACUAAAAGAAGAAAGUCAACUUCAUUCACAAACACUUCAACACCACCCACCGAACAAUGCGAAGAAAGACCAACUAAUGUUGUUGACUGUGAUCACCGUGAAGAAUUUCAACCCGACACUAUCCAACUAUCAAAAGAUACCGAAAUGGGUCAUUUUGGAUUUUUGUCAUUGUUGUCAGCUGUACAUAACAAUUUCGAUAACAACAUGAACUGA